AUUCAGACCACAUUUACGCUACCAUUUACUGCUCUUAUCAUCGUCUCUGAUUGCUGGAUAGUUCAUGGCCCGAAUUCUGUCAAUAGUCACGCGUAUAUCGCGUGUUACUCCGCAGAGAACCAACACUCACAGAACUCGCGCGCUUCGUAUAUCUCCGGGUCAUACAUCUAUACUGCCAAAGUCCCUACUUUUAAUCAGAAGAAGUAGUAGUGCUAUAGAAGAAGAACCGAAGGAAACAGUGGAGGGAAGGACACCACACGAUGCUGAAAAGACGUUAAAGCCGACCCUAGUUCCUAAACAUAUUACAACGCAAACACCCCUCCAUGUCGCCUCCCUUCCUCCUCUCCCAGCCCGACCAACGACCUGGCCGACGCCAUGGCUGAGCCUUUCUGAAAUGCAGGAAUACCUUUUCCCGUUGAAGGAGCUGUUACCGUUGAAGGCGCUUCCUACCUCCAUUAUCAAGAAGAAGCUGUGGCGGCACAGACUAGCUCCAGUGUUGGAUCUUCCUGAGAUUGAGGCAAAAACAUCGGCACUUCGACUGGAUCCUGGUAACGGCCUCCAUUUCAUGAUGACAUACACUUUCACAGACGUUGAAUCCGCGAAUGAGUUCGUUGCAGAGGUGAAGAGGAUCGCCAGAGUGGAGAAGCAUGAUCCCGAGUACUUGCACGUCUACCGCCAUUCAGACUCUAAACAAGGGGACAUUGAAAAAAAUCCGUACGCAGCACGAGUAAACAUCCGAAUAACCACCCACCAGGCGUAUAUCCCUAAGGAGAUAUCUGACUUGCGGCCAACAGUGCCUGCGAGGGAUGUUACUCCCUUCCCAGAAGACCUUAUUAUUUCCGGAGUCACCAUGCGCGAUGUGCGGUUCGCGAUGCUUGUUGACCAGGUUUUCAGAGAGCAGUUUUUGAUUGUUCCUCCUGACUCUGAAGACGGAGACAAGAACGAAAACGAAAACAAGAACCAGAAUGAAAGCGAGAACCAGAACGAAAGCGAGAACAAAAGCGAGAUAUUCAACAAAGCAAGAAAAAGAACUGGUCUACCCUCCUUUAUUCGUCCUCCCGCUACCCCGUCCGUAUCCCUAGCGUACCCCAACCCCACGCUAAGUCCAAAUACCCAACAACUCCUCUCCUCCAUUUUUCGAUCCCGUUUCUGCCCAUGCUGCGGUCUCCCGCACGCAUUAGCUGACUGUCCUGUGAGGGAUGAGUAUCCACAAUAUUCUUCAAUCAAGAGGUUGGGUGAGAAGAAGGCGGCUUUAGGGGAACAAAUCAAGGAAGAAGGGAAAAAAGGGGAGAAAGGGAAGAAAGGAAAGGAAGAGAAGGAAGAGCAAGGGUAUAAGGAAUGAGUAAUGGAUUUCUUUCAAUAUAUCUUAGUGGCACUUCUUUGUUAAUGAAACAACAUGCAGCAUACUGAUACUGAUACUGAUAUGUAUACAAAAGCCUCAAGAAUUAUUAUUUGAAAC